AGAAAUAUGGAGUCAAAAAUGGUUGCUGGACUUCAACAAGGAUAAAUGCAAGGUGAUGCACUUUGGUCACAAGAAUCCAGGCUACAACUACUCUCUCCAAGGAACGACUUUAACGGCGACUGUUAAAGAAAAGGAUCUGGGGGUGAUUGUUACUCCUGACCUCAAAGCAUCCGAGCAAGUGACCAGGGCCGCGGCAGCAGCGAACUCCAUGCUGGGGAGGAUAAGAAAAACCUUUACAUGUAUGGACAAGGAAAUGUUCCUGCCUAUCUAUAAGACACUCGUGCGACCUCGAAUGGAACAUGCCAUUCAGGCGUGGUCACCUUACCUCCAGAGGGACAUAAACAAGUUAGAGAAGGUUCAGAGGAGAGCCACGAAACUUAUACCAAGAUUGGCUGCCAAACCAUACGAAGUCCGUCUGGCGGAACUGAACAUGACAAGUCUGGAAGAAAGGAGACAUAGGGGCGACAUGAUAGAAGUGUUUAAAUUGAUUCAUGGAUUUGAUAUGGUCAAUGCAGGAGAAGAUUUCUUGAAACUUGAGACAGGCGACAACAAGGGGCACGCUCUCAAACUCCAGAAGCCAAGGCAUCGCACGCUUAAACGAAAUAUGUUCUUUUCGUCAAGAGUAAUUGAACAGUGGAACAAGUUGCCUGAAGAAGUCGUUACCAGCAAAAAUGUAAACAUAUUCAAGAACAAAUAUGACAAGCACAUCAAGAAGACUACGGAGAGAGGCAGCAUCCUAUGAGCAUCCUGCUCCCUUUGCCUCUUACAGAUCUACUUGACUGCUUUGAAAAAUAGUUGUGUGGCCUGUGAGACCAUCCGUUCACCGUUGUGGCUGUGAUGGCGGAGGCCGUGCACCAGACGGACACCGCCUCCUCCAAGCCCUCGCUGUUUGAGCUGAUGGCCGCAGAUGGGCUCUUUUCGUCCCUUCAUCCAGCGGUUAGGCAUGCUUGUAAGAUCAUUGCAGCUCGGUAUCCGUCUACACAAACCUGGCUGGAGCGCCACUUUGACGAACUUUUCCUGGUUGUCAACGCGCUCUUCCAGAGGCAUUACCUCUUCACAUAUGCCGGCUCCCUGGCCGAGAACUUUUACGGCAUAAAGCGGACGCCGGUGUCCAGUGGCGACGGCAGGGCCGGCCUGCGCCUGCUGCCCGGCGAGGUGUACCGCAGCCUCGUCUGGCUCUGCGCCUUCCCCUACGUCAAGGCCAAGCUGGACGCUCUGUUCGAGGAGCUGGAGCAUCAGGAGGCCAGCGGUGUCCGCCCGGAACAGGAGUGGCGGCGGCGGGUGCACCAGCUGGUGCUGCGACUGUAUCCUCCGGUGCACGCGACGUUCUCGACGGCGGUCGCCUUCUGCUACUUGGCUUACAUGUUCGACAAAUGCGGCUACCACUCGCCGCUGAGCUGGCUGUCUGGUGUGCGCCUGGAGACGGUGACGGCCGACGACUGGCGGCUGGCUCGAGAACGGGACGACAAACUCUCCUCCUGGACUCGCCUCAGAUCUCGCGGCCUGCCGGCGGCGCUGACCCUGUACGGACUGCACGCCACCACGCGGCUGGCCAGCCACGCGCUGCAGGUGGGCUCGUUCCUGGUGCAGUUUCUGCAGUGGUGGAGCGGCGCCGGGGACCGUGAUGGACGCCGGCUGGGCGCCGCCGACGUCGCACCGCCCGACCGCCGCCCGCUGGCGCAGGGCGAACCGGAGGCCGACGGACGUUGUCCGCUCUGCGGCAGGACACGCACCAACGAGGCAGUGCUCGCCGUGUCCGGGUACGUGUUCUGCCACCCGUGCAUCUUCCGGCACGUCAGCGAGAAGGGCCGGUGUCCGAUCUCGUGGUACCCAGCCAGCACGGAGCAAAUAUACCGACUGAGCGGUCCCGGCGACGACUGACGCGCCACACCGCCCGUCUUCGCAGAGUAGGACGCUUUCCAUAAUCUGUGAUAUUGUCAGCGUCUCCAUUAAUUAGGGGUCCGUACAAAUGUGAUAGGUUGAAUAAUUGGUGCGAAUUAGCCUGCUACAUUGUGCGGCAUGAAAUGGGGAUCAGUAGCUGUUGCGUAGAAAUGUGGUCUUAACAUUCGUAAUACCGUAAUGUGAUUUUCCGAAAUCAUUUAUAUUCUCCUCCCUUUAUCUGAUUUGCGAAACAACUGGACAGAUUUUCAAAUUUAUGUUGCCACAGGUUUUGAUGACUGCUCCAAAGUAAUGCUUGUUAAAUAACGAGCCCCAACCGACCUCUGGAAUAUUCAGUCGAGCACGCCCGGCUUAGGCGGGGGGGGGGGGGGGCAGAGCAUGCCCCCGGUCUUAUUUUCGAACGGAUGUUCGUAAUAAUACGGAAAAGGUAAUUGCCGAUCUUCUUAUCCCGGUGAACUUGGACCACGCGGAGGUCUGCCUAGUUGGGCCUGUGUCCAUAUCUGGUGAGCGCAUUCAGGCGCUGACGGCUGAAGCCGUCCCCCACUUGUGUCAUGCUUGUGGCGGAGAUCUUUGGAAGGUCCUGGGUUGCUGAGGAUUCCGUCGCCUUGACGUAGUCCUCGAUGUCCUCAAUAGCUUAUGUCCUCAUGUUCUUUGAGAUCGACUGAUGAACUGCAUAUGCGGACAUUUACGUAUGUCCUGCUUAGAAAUAUUUUAUCGUGAUUCGCUCUGUCCUAGUUUUCUUUGAGUUUACAGCCUUCAGGAGAGCACUGAGCAGUGCAAACAUUCAUCAUUUCAGCAUAUAUGCAUCACAACAGUAGGUGAUUUAGGUAGGUAAUCAAUAAUCACUGCUAGGUUUAACUGUACAAUGUACACCUAGCCAAGAUUUGUUCCGCAAAUGGCCUUCAAAUGAGAAAACACUGCAUAUUGCUCGUAUUGUAAGCCCAUUAAACAAGAAGACCUAGCGUGAAAGUUGGUUUACCAAUCUUGGGGUACAACAUGCACUGCAACAAUGCCAUCGGCAUACACCAACGCAAGCACGGUACACAAUAAAUCAACUCACAAAAAUUGGCUUGCAUGUGGCAGCGACUUCAGGCUCCACCUUGUGCAGCGGAACUGAGUUCAGCACCUCAGGCUGCACGUAAAGCGACAGCAGCCCCCGGUAUCCUUCUGACAUCUUGCGGUAUAGUCGAUGGAGCUGAUAGUCUUCCAACUGGAACAGCACGUUUAGAUCAUCAACCUUCUUGAUGAUGAACUGCACGAACAGCGGAAUGUGUUUGGUGCCUCGCUCUUGCAGUCGAUAUGAGAUGUCUGCCGCCCUGUUCUCCUUCCCUUCGACUGUGACGGCCUCUGACCUGAAGAGCAGCUCCAGCGCGUCCCACGGCUCCAGAAUGUGUGCGAUCACAGGCGCCGCGGGACAGCCAUCUCGUCAUCGCAACCUUCGGGCUUUGGUAGCACGGCGCAUCCACAGCCUCCUGGAUCAGAGCCAAGGCAUCUCGCCGCUUCGGGCUUCGCGACAAGUAAUUAGCUAUGUCCUUGAUUAGGACCUCUAGCCAGUUGGGGAGGCGGCGGGCGGCGUGCCCGGUACACAGCGCCAGGGAGUGGCACACACAGCCCAUGACGAACAGCUUGCGUCACGGGCGCUUAGGGCGUUCACAAUGAAAUUUAGAAAGGGGGGCACUCUGUAAGGACCUCUAGUGUAGCUUGCCUUCACUUCUUUCUCAAUGGCCUGUGUGACCUUGUCUGGUCGUAAAACG